CGAUCUUCUCCUCACACAUCACACCAAUGCAGAUUCUCACCCCAAAAGGACAGUUGUGUCAAGACUGACCUACCCCAAAAAGGAAGGAACGAAACAAACAAAUGAAGGAAAAGACCACUGAGCGGCUAAAGAUGGGAGCGUGGACCUCCUUCAUUCUGGCCAUUCAUCUGCUUCUCAGUCUGUGCUCACAUGUGGAAGGCCAGACUCUAGAAGUCUAUGAUCUGCUCACCUCGCCCGACUGCCUGCCAGACCUGCUGCAAGGGGGUCUGGCGGAGCAGGGAGUCAACGAGGCUUUCAUCCUGGCCUCCUUCAAGCUGCAGCCCAAGACCGGAACCACUGUGUUUGGCCUUUACAACCCCCGAGACAACAGCAAAUACUUUGAGUUCACCGUGAUGGGGAAGCUAAACAAAGCUGUACUGCGCUACCAGCGGACUGACAAGAGGAUGAGUUCCGUAACCUUCAACAAUCUGGUUUUGGCCGACGGCCAGAUCCACAAAGUCUUGUUCCACCUGAAGGGGCUGCAGCAGCAGGGGCCAGGCGGGGUGGAGCUGCAUCUGGGCUGCAGGCUGGUGGAGACGGUCAGGGAUCUUCCCGCUGCCUUCCAGGGUUUACCGGCAGGAUACAACACUGUGGAGCUGAAGACCAUGCUGAGCAAAGAGCAGGAAGGCGUCGAUGAGCUCAAGCUGGUGGUGGGAGACUCGUUCGAGAACGUUGCUUCCCUUCAAGGAUGCCACUUCCAGCAAAGAGACUCAGUCCAAACUUUGGGGGUCAACACGAAGCAGCUGUCCAACCAAAUGCUGGAGUUAACCAAAGUAAUAAACGAGCUGAAAGACGUCCUCAUUCAGCAGGUCAAGGAGACCUCGUUCCUAAGGAACACCAUCUCCGAGUGUCAGGCCUGCGGUUUGGGUGGAAGUGAGGUGAUGAAGCCCACAUGUGGCCCUGGAGUCUGUUUCCGUGACGACAUGUGCAUUGAGACGGCAGACGGGGUGGAAUGUGGACCGUGUCCUGAUGGCUACACCGGAGAUGGCUUCAACUGUGAUGAUGUGGACGAGUGCCAGUUUAACCCUUGUUUCCCCGGAGUGAAGUGCGUGAACAUGGCGCCUGGGUUCCGCUGUGACGCCUGCCCGCUGGGCUACACUGGCCUGCCUGUCGAAGGUGUUGGCAUUGUUUACGCUCAGACAAACAAACAGGUGUGUGACGAUGUUGAUGAAUGCAAAGGGCCGGACAACGGUGGCUGCACCCCAAACUCCAUCUGUCACAACUCUAUGGGAUCCUACCACUGUGGCACUUGUAAAACGGGGUUCACGGGAGACCAGGUGAAGGGCUGCAAGCCGGAGAUCAGCUGUGGCAACAGUCUGACCAACCCUUGUGACAUCAAUGCUCAGUGUAGCAUCGAAAGAGACGGAUCCAUCUCCUGCCAGUGUGGAAUCGGCUGGGCAGGUAACGGAUACCUGUGUGGGAAGGACACUGACAUUGACGGCUACCCAGAUGAGAAACUCAAAUGCAAGGACCAUACCUGCAAAAAGGAUAACUGCAUCUACGUUCCCAACUCUGGCCAAGAGGACGCCGACAGGGACGGGCAAGGAGACGCUUGUGACGAUGACGCCGAUGGUGAUGGAAUACCGAACGAGCAGGACAACUGCUGGUUGAAGCCCAACGUGGAUCAGAAGAACAGCGACAAGGACACUCAUGGUGAUGCCUGUGAUAACUGCCGGAUGGUGGAGAACCCGGACCAGAGGGACACUGACGGUGACGGCAAAGGAGACUUGUGCGAUGACGACAUGGAUGGAGAUGGCCUGAAGAACUUCCUGGACAACUGCCAGCGCGUUCAGAACCGAGACCAGCUGGACCGAGACGGUGACGGGGUGGGAGAUGCUUGCGACAGCUGUCCUGACAUCGCCAACCCCAAUCAGUCGGAUGUUGACAAUGAUCUGGUUGGUGACUCCUGCGACACAAACCAAGACAGCGAUGGAGACGGUCACCAGGAUACCAAGGAUAACUGCCCUUACGUGAUCAACAGCUCUCAGUUGGACACCGACAAAGACGGGCAGGGUGAUGAGUGUGAUGAGGAUGAUGACAACGAUGGCAUUCCGGACAUAAUACCACCUGGGCCAGACAACUGUCGUCUGGUGCCGAACCCAGACCAGAUUGAUGACAACAAUGACGGAGUUGGAGACGUGUGUGAAUCAGACUUUGACCAGGACAAAGUGAUCGACAGGAUCGACAACUGUCCAGAAAACGCUGAAGUGACACUGACUGACUUCAGAGCUUAUCAGACGGUGGUCCUGGACCCUGAGGGUGACGCCCAAAUUGACCCUAACUGGGUCGUUCUGAACCAGGGAAUGGAAAUAGUUCAGACCAUGAACAGCGAUCCAGGACUUGCAGUUGGUUAUACAGCUUUCAGUGGUGUUGACUUCGAAGGGACGUUCCACGUAAACACAGUGACCGACGACGACUACGCAGGCUUCAUUUUUGGCUACCAGGACUCUUCCUCCUUCUACGUGGUGAUGUGGAAGCAGACUGAGCAGACCUACUGGCAGGCAACCCCAUUCAGAGCAGUGGCCGAGCCCGGCAUCCAGCUAAAGGCUGUGAAGUCCAGGUCUGGUCCUGGUGAGCAUUUAAGGAACUCCUUGUGGCACACUGGUGACACCCAGGAUCAAGUCCGUCUGCUGUGGAAGGACCCAAGGAAUGUUGGGUGGAAGGACAAGGUGUCCUACCGCUGGUACCUCCAGCAUCGGCCACAAGUUGGAUACAUCCGAGCCCGGUUUUACGAGGGGACAGACCUGGUGGCCGACUCCGGAGUGACUAUUGACACGACCAUGAGAGGAGGACGACUGGGCGUGUUCUGCUUCUCACAAGAAAAUAUUAUCUGGUCCAACCUAAGAUAUCGUUGCAACGACACCAUCCCAGAGGACUUCCAGGAGUUCAGCAACCAGCACUCCGUUGAUCCUCUGUAGAGACAGGAGGCCUGUGAUGGAUGCUUCUGUGACAGUGUGUGCUUUGUCAGUUGUGUGGAAACAAGUGUAUUUCACCCACAUUUUUUUCUACCGUGUGUAAAAAAAAUAUAUCUUUCUCCUUUUUUUUAUUGUUACAGAUUGAAUGAAUUUGUACUUAACGUUGAGCAAAACCCUGAUUUCUGUUAAUUUAAACUUGAAUUUGAAAACCAUUUACAUCAUUUUUUACUGACAAAAUAUGUGUUUCCACUGCUCACUUCCUCUCUUUGGAAUACACCCCUGAAUGCAACUGAAAUUUUGAUUUCUCUUUCGGACAACGUGUGAAGAAAUAACAGCAAUGUCACAUGAUACAGACACAGUUUAGUUUAUGAAGAUUUCAUUUUGCAAUUGUCACAAAAUAAAACUGGAUCUUGUCUGUGGUGAGAUUAAAAACA